GGUCGCUGUGUUGCCGUGAAUCAGCUGUUCCUGGACUCGCCGCCAUCGCUCGACACCUCCACGACCCCGCGGCCCAAAGACGAAGAUCGAAGAGUCCGCUCCACCUCCUCCUCCCUCCUCCUCAUUCUCUACCCCCACCCCUCCCUCGUCACCUCCUCCUCGUCACCACCUCCUCAUCCUCGUCUCCAUCCCCGCGCCACCCGCACUGCCCUUCCUCAGCAGCGCCUCCUCACGGUUAUCAUGAAAGUGAGUUAGUCGGAUGCAAGCAUGGACAUCAAGACGGCGGUGUUCAACGCAGCUCGCGACGGCAAGCUGCGCUUCCUGCAGCGCCUGCUGCGGCACAAGGCGCCGGAGGAGCUGCGCGGCCUGGUCACCGAGAAGACGGGGGGCUCCACCCCGCUGCUCAUAGCUGCCCGCUACGGCCACCUUGACGUGGUCCUCUACCUCGUGGAGCACUGCAAUGCCAACAUCGAGUUGGGCGGCUCCGUCAACUUUGACGGCGAGACCAUCGAGGGAGCUCCGCCCCUGUGGGCCGCAUCGGCCGCGGGCCACCUGGCCGUUGUGAAGUCCCUGCUGGCGCACGGCGCCUCCGUCAACAACACCACCCUGACGAAUUCGACGCCGCUGCGCGCCGCCUGCUUCGACGGCCACCUGGAUAUUGUCAAGUACCUCAUCGAGCACCAGGCCGAUUUGGAAGUGGCCAAUCGCCACGGUCACACCUGCCUGAUGAUCGCCUGCUACAAGGGCCACAAGGAGAUCGCGAAGUACCUGCUGGAGAGAGGCGCCGACGUGAACCGCAAGAGUGUCAAGGGAAACACGGCUCUGCACGACUGUGCCGAAUCGGGGAGCCUGGAGAUCAUGAAGAUGCUGCUCAAGUACAGCGCGCACAUGGAGAAGGAUGGUUACGGGAUGACGCCUCUCAUGGCAGCCAGCGUGACUGGCCACACCAACAUUGUGGAAUAUCUGAUCCACAACCCGCAGACGUCACGGGAGGAACGGAUCGACGCAUUGGAGUUGCUGGGUGCCACAUUCGUCGACAAGAAGAGGGAUUUAUUGACAGCCCUCAAAUACUGGAAAAAAGCCAUGGAAAUGAGGUACUGUGACCGCACGAAUAUCAUCCACAAACCGGAUCCCAAACAGCUCGUGGCAGCCUACGAUUAUGCCAGAGAGGUGGCGAAUGCUGACGAGUUGGAUGCACUGAUCGCCGACCCUGACGAGAUGAGAACUCAAGCGUUGCUCAUUCGAGAAAGAGUUCUUGGCCCAUCUCACCCCGACACCUCGUAUUACAUUCGCUAUCGCGGGGCCGUGUACGCCGACUCUGGGAACUUUGAACGCUGCAUAAAGCUUUGGAAGUACGCGCUCGACAUGCAGCAGAAGUACCUGGACCCGCUGAGCCCCAUGACAGCCAGUAGCCUCCUCUCCUUUGCUGAGCUUUUCUCAUUCAUGCUUCAGGACCGUGCCCAGGGCCUCUUGGGAACGACGGUGGAUUUUUACGAUCUCGUGGGAAUACUGAUAAAAAGCGUGCUGGAGAUAGAGCGUGGGCUCAAGCACCUCCACCACACCAGUAGCCCGUCGCCAAUAGAACGAGACCACGGCCCCUUCAACAAAGCCCUAUCCAUCAUCCUGCACUUGGUGUGCCUGCUGGAGAAGGUGCCGUGCGACGUGGAGCAAGACUUCCUGAAGAAGCAGUCAGUGUACAAGCUGCUGCGGCUUGACCCCCGGGGCAAGAACGGCUUCACGCCCCUGCACCUGGCCGUCGACAAGGACACGACGGCGGUAGGCCGCUACCCCGUGUGCAAGUUCCCCUCUGGCCCUGUCACGUCGCUGCUUCUUGAGUGCGGCGCCGACAUCGACGCCUGUGACCUCGACGGGAACACGCCGCUCCACGUGGCGGCGCUCAACAACAACUCGGACAUCAUGAAGCUUCUCCUCGAUAACGGAGCCCACUUUGACAUGGCGAAUGCGGCCCGCCGCACCUCGUACGAGCUGCUGGAUGAAAAAGAAAUGGCCAAAAAUCUCAUCCAUCCUACCUGCCACGUGACCCUGCAGUGUCUGGCUGCGCAAGCCCUCAUCGGACACAAAGUGACAUACAAGGGGAAGAUUCCCAGUAUACUGGAGGCCUUUGUUCAACUACAUUAAUAAGGUGGCAUGUGCUUACUGCUUCCGUUACCCGAGUAACAAUAUGUCCAAAGGUGCUGAAAUGAAUAUAGUGUGCACAUUACUUUGAUACAGAUUUAAAUAUAAAAAAAAAUCAGAACGUAAAAUUCUAUGAGACAUUGAUAUAUACGUGUAUACUGUAAGGAUCUCUUCGGUGUAAAUUGUGGAUGUUAAAUACAGAUAAGGCUGUGGGGAAUUUAACUUUGAAUGCUCUGCAGCAAACGACUGCAUUUGCUAAGCACACUUAACCCGUCGGUGAGGAUAUGCAUUCCACAUCCCAUUAGUACUGUAACAUCACCUUCAGUUAACAUUUUGGUUGAGUUAAACCCCGUUGAAGUAAAAUUUGCAAGAAAUGAAAAGCCUGAUCACCAGCCAUCCGCGUGCGAUUGUACGCAUCAUUUUACAUCACCGCGAUUCCUUAUGUCGUUGGGUUACACAUUUGUCGGCGUUGCAGGAACUAAUGAAACGUCCCCCGUGGAUUAGCCAACAUUGUUAUAUUUUUGUACACACUUAAGGUGUGUGCCUGACUAUCCGUAGCUCGUCUGUUGACAGGAAAUGAUUUGAACCGGCGGGAGGGAAGAUGCAUUGUGACAAUAGAUUGGAGUUACCGAUGGGAUCUCAUCGAGGCCUAGAUGCGUGCUCACUUGCGUAUUUUUUCCACGUUAAUAGCGUCGUGUUACUGCAUUUGAGGUAUUUUUACGUGAAGCGCUGUAAGGAAUUACAUUGGCAUUUUAUGCACCGAGUAAAGCGUGAGUUUUACAAUAAUGUAAAUCUCAUUGUAAUUGAACAAAUUUAUCCCAGUAUCUUUUUGCCAACGAGUCUUUUUUUCAAUAUUCUGCAGUAUUUUUGUUAUUGCUUUUAUUAAGCUCCAUUUUAUGAGCAAUCUCCCUGCAGGCAGCCGUAUUUUUUCUGAAAUGAACCAUUUUGCUGUGGUUAGCUAGGUCCUGAUGGAAGGCUUAAGACUUCUAAUGUGCACAAACAUUACACAUUAGAUUGCUUUUUGUCCCUUUCAGCUAUUGCAGUGGAGCCCACAAUAUCGGGCCUUUUGAUGGGGCAAAUACCAUACUAAAUCCUGCCGAAAGACGGCAACUUGUGCAAAUAAUGUGCUUAACAAAGCGUCAUUGUAAUUACAUCUGUUCUCAGGCCAAGAAUGUAAGUAUAUUACUGUACAUAAUGUGUUGCUAUUCAGGUUCAGUCUAAUAGGGCACUAUGGAUCCAUAGGUGAAACAAAAAGAAACAAAAUUGCCUGAGUCUGUUCAAAAUGACAAUUGGCGCGAACCAAACCUUGUGAAUAAAACGGUGGCAGGCGAGGAGGAGACGCAUGCGCGGCACAGGGAACUGCGCGGCUCGGACGCGCGCGUGGAGCAGCAUGUCGUGUGAAGCGUUUAAAGUGCACUACAGGGGAGGGGGGGUACACGGGUGUUUGGUUCCACGCCUAUGUGGCCAAGUUGCAAAACAUGAGAGGUUGCAAUGUCUGGCCAAUCUGGGUCGUGUAGACCCUUGAUAGCCCCGCGGAAGCAAGAUAAUUAGUUGAAUAGGUCUAACUCGCCAUUUAAGCAUCCUUUUGCAUUUUUAAAAAUAAAAUCCCUUAUUUCUAUUUAACUUCGAAUACUGCAAGUUAAACUUUUAUUUUUUUACAUGCUCAUCUCUAUCAAUGAAACAUGCAUGAUUGCUUUGUUGCCUAUACUACAUGUAAAACAAUCUGCCCAUCGCUAAAACCGCAAGAUUUCUAAUGUUUAACAAACAAUCUUGAGCAAGAAGUUCCCUGUAGGCUGAUGGCCAGUGACUUUUACUCACCACCCUAAAUGUUUUAUUCCAUUCAUAUUUGUAAAAGGCACCAACCACAUUGUGUGCGAGUUUAAAACACAUUAACAUUGCAUAUAACUGGUCGAGGCCCAUUAUCCUUGGUCACGACUCUGCUCAGCAUUGCCUUCGGCUCAUGCCAGUCGACUCCAAGUGCGGCUUGAACUACACUCAGCUGAGCCGAGCCAUGGCUGAGCAUACGGCUCUCAUCAUCGUCCAUUGCUUCUGUUACUCAGGGAUCCGAGAUGCUGGGUAUCGGCGGGUACAGUUUACUAUUCUGUUCGCUGUUCACAUCUUUGCUUUCUGACCCAUGUCUCCUGAAUCCUAAGACUCUUAAACAUAGUACCGUACUGUGCAGGCACCUUACUCGUGUGCUUAAUGUGGAUAUGUGGACAUUUGGAGGCUGUGAAGGUGUUCUUGAUCUGAUGAGGCGAUUCAAUUGAGUCAAGAAAGCCGGCAGUUCCGUCAGACCAAACUACUGCACUUUACACUCAGGCUGGUGACAAUUUCUCAUCGCGAUCAGUUAUCACUUUGCUGCACCUUGCAUGGCAUCAAUUGCCGAACCAAGACUACAUACGAGCCGAGUUCCCGCAGUUGGGUUUCCAUGAAAAUACAUCUGCUAGGAGUUUCCCGUAAGUUUGCUCAUGAUUUUUCUGACCAUAUUAAAGAAUUCAUUUUAUGAUUUUACAUUUUAUUGAGAGGCUACGUUGGAGCUUAAAUUGGGUAUCUCUUGUGUCCUUACGUUUUACAAUUUUGCACGAUUGAUAGAAUACAUUCAUUAGAUGACAAGUUUCACAGGUCGGGUUUGAAUCUCCCUGUAGCAGAAGGAGCUAUGCAUGGUUUCACAGUUGCCGUCUUUGUCGAGGCCGAUUGGCUGGUGCGGACAAUAACAUCAACUUCAAAAAGGCAUUUUCCCCGAAUUGCCCAGGCUACUUGGGCAUUACUCAUUCUGAUACAUCUUAGCAAAUUUAAAUUGAACGAUCUCAUCCUUGUUGUGAUGCGCCAAUUUUCUUCUCGUGAUGCGUGGUCAAUGCUUUAACAAAAGUACAUUAUCGGCAUUGUUCCAUCCAAAUAGCCAGACGACGAUCUGCACGAGCAACCGGCGAUGCGUAAUAACAACUGAGCCUGUUUAUGCGACUGACCAUAAGCUAUUUCAUCUGCAUGUUGUUCCAUUCAAAUAAAGAGGGCACUUUGAAUUGUGUCGGAGACUUUCCUCCAGCGUGGCCCUUAUAGGGCGGCGUUAACGACGCGUGCGUGGGUUGGUUCCGUGGAUGCGCGCGCCACUUGUGCCACCGGUCCUCCUGCAUGACCACAGUUACGCCUCUCGGAUACCUCCGUUCAGCACCGCGUGCAGUGAUUUCACGUCGUCCCAUCACUUUAACCUGCUGAGGAAAUGUGUGGUGUGCCGACGAGUUCUGCCAUAUUGCGCCAAUGUUUACGAGUGCAUAAACAUAACAUUUUGGUUACUAAGCAGAAGAAAAGAUUGCCAAUUACGAAGAGCUCGGGGUUACAUCAUGGGACCUCCUUUGCCAGUACCAAAAUAUGAGAAUAGGGUUUCCCCUUUUUUCUGGCAAAAAAACAGGUGUUUAGAUGUUAUAACACCAAACUGAAACAUUUUACAAGAAAUCAUGUCUGCAUUAGCCACAAUACUUGUGGUCAGAAUGCAAACAAAAAACAUACUCUGAUAAUAUAUGCAUUGUCUUUGAAACUGAUUGGUCCACACCAGAGACAGCUUUCUUUUGAGCCUCGUCUGAAAACGGUGUUAGACCAGAGGACGCCGUUUUGAGACGAGGCUCAAAAGAAGGUUGUCUCUGGUGUGGACCAAUUCGUUUAAAAGACAAUGCAUAUAUUAGAGGUUUUUUUGCAUUCCGACCACAAGUAUUGUGGUUAAUGCAGACAUGAUUCCUUGUAAAAGGUUUCAGUUUGGUGUUUUAACAUCUCAACACACCUGUUUGUUGCCAGAAAAAAGGGGAAAACAUUUUCAGCUUGGGUUACAUUACACAGCGUGGUUCAUCAAAAUAACACGAGUGAUGUUUGUGACAAAUUAGAUUCAUACCUUGACCAGACAAUGUUUCACGACUUGGAAAGUGAUUUGAACAAGAUAUCAGGUUAAUGGUACGUUUGAACUUUAUGCUCGGUGAUAUAUAGAGACAUGUUUGAUAUAUCUUUUAAUGGAAAUACGAAUGUUGCAUAAUGUAGCAUUUAAAAAACUAUUUAGAAAUUUUUUGUUUGUUUUCUGUUUCAAUAAAUGCUUGUUAUAUUUGUCGGCUGAAAUAAUCUAUGCACUGAGAAUAUAAUGUAAACCUGCUGCAAUCAUGUGCUUCUUGGGUGGUUCAUUACACUGCAUUGUCAAAUGAACAUCACCGGCAUCACAGGGAAAUAAUUCGAAAACCAAAGAAUAUCGUAACAUCGGCAGUUAUCAUUUAAGUCCUUGCAUUGCUCACGGAAUUACAUUUCUCGUUGACACAAAGCUCUUGUGAUGUUCCGACGGCGUGUUUAACAUUCACAAUAUAAGGAUGGCAUUUUGAGAAAAACAACAACUUCUGAUCUCGUUUUUGUGUGCUUUUUGAAAAUCCAGUGCCGCUAAAAUGGGAUUGUGACAAACGAUGCAGCUCCAGCAAAACUGCAACCGCCAAAUUGUCAGAGUGCUAAAGAAAUGACCGCGUGAAUCGCCAACACACACGACGCGUGCGAGGUAAAUGCUCGUGCAGACGUGCAAGAUGCCGGAUAAUCUUUUCCUUUUGUUGC